AUGGAUGAACGAAACGAGGCUAGAGAUUGGGAGAUACAUCUUGAAGUAAUUGAACGUUUAAGGAUGGAAGAUGAGCGAGAAUGGUAUGAAAAUAUGAGCAGAGCCCGUGCGGAAUGGCAAGCUAGAAUUCGCGAACCCGUGCUACCCGUGACACCUCAUCCAUUGGGUCGGAUGGGUAUAGAAUUUGGAGAUGAGGAACUGGUUGUUCCAAUAUUGCCACCGGGAAAGAACUGUAAUUUCAAAUUGUGGACGCACUUCAAAAUCUCAGAAACUCGGACAGAAUUUCGGUCCAUUCUCCAGGGGUACAUCGAAAUAGGGUACAUCAUGCUCAAGGGGUACAUUGACUGA